AUGAAUAUGUUGGAUGAUGAAGAUGACCAAAGCUUUCACGCUACGCGUGACGGCUACUCCCAUUUGAGCAAUGUCGAAUGGGAUGCGGUUGAACGGAUGGGUUCAACCAUGGGCAUCCAUGCUGUUAGCGACAUGCUAGAAGCUCUCAAUAGAGAUGCCCAACAUGCUACUAUCGCCAAGUUCAUUCAAAAUGAACUUGACGCAGAAAGCGAGAAAGUAGCCUUGCUUCACCAACAAGGCUCUCAACAAGCAGAGUUGUUGAGAGAACAGGGUGCUCAACAGUUUGAACUGUUGAGACAGCAGCAGGAUGCUGCUGGCGGGUCGAUGCACUCGCGUCGACCCGAGACUUUAAAGAUUGACAUCUCCAAGUAUAGGGGGGUCGAAGAAGACUCCCUCUUGAGAUGGUUCGUCGAAUUGGAUGACGCCAUAAGGGCGCGUCGCAUCGACGACGGGGAUAUGCAAGUUGCAUUUGCCCAGUCAAAUCUGGCAGGACGUGCCAAGACUUGGGCACUGGGGCUCAAGUUGCACGACCCAUAUGCGUUUGGGUCGUUGGAAGUCUUCAAGUCGCGGCUCAGACAAACGUUUGCACCGCCUAGAGCUGAGUUCAGAGCUCGAACCGAACUCUUGAAGCUCAAACAGGGUAAGCGUGAUGUGCACGCUUACGCGCAACAUAUACGACAUCUCACGAGUUAUAUAAGUUCCAAUCCGGUGGAUGAACACACGAUGGUUUCGGUGUUCAUGCAGGGUCUUGCGGAUGGUCCCGUCAAGACUCACCUGUUCCGGCUUGAACUAGAUUCACUAGAACAAGCCAUUUCCAUUGCGGAACAGGAAGACUUCAGUCUGAGACAGGCUCGCGCCAGCUCGACAUCAUAUCGUCGACCGAGACGAUAUGACAACGGAGGUCCAGAGCCGAUGGAACUCUGUUAUGUAGAGAGCGAGAAUUCUCGCUCUACAGACUACAAAAGGUUGCAGAAAUGCAACAGAUGUCAGAAGACAGGACACUACGCUUAUGAGUGUAGUGCCCCUCGUCCAGUGUCUCGCAACACUGGGCGUAGUGACCGUCCACCCAUGAGAAAGGGGCAGGGACGCGGGUCCGCUGUUGGUGCGAAGACGCAACAACGGGAUGGAUCGUCAAAAAAACGGUCAGGAUCAGUAGGUGCGGAGCACCCUACUGGUCCAGCAACGUCAAGAGAAUUUGUAGGCCUCUUGAUGAAGGUUGCUCCCAACACACAAACGUUGCGUGUUGCUGCUCUAGGUAAUGAGGACUCACUCAUUACCUUGAAACUCGAAGUGACAAAUGAGUUGUCCCUUCGAGCUCUAGUCGAUUGUGGGGCGUCCAACAAUUUUGUGCGACGCCAAUCGCUAGAAGAUGGUCACUUCAAGUUCAGUGAAUGUGACACACCUCCUACGAGGAUGACGGUACGUCUUGCGAGAGGCGCAUCCGUAACCGUCAUGAAGCGUAUAGUGAAGAUCCACUAUACGCUAGAAGAUACCCAAUAUGACGAUGAAUUUAUCGUAUUGGAUUUGGAUGACAAAUUUGAUGUCAUCCUUGGAAUACCGUGGCUCAGAAGGUACGAACCACGAGUAAACUGGCAACAUCGGACAGUAACGAUGCCUGCCGCUUGUUCAUCAGAUGGCCAUCUGAUGAACGUUUUGGAGCGUCCACAAGCGUGUGGGGAUGUACUACGAGUGAGUGCGAUGGCCUCACUUGUGGUACGGCCGUUAGUACGACUGCACAAAACCUUAGUGUACCAAACGGUUACACUUUGGAGCAAAGUUCCGGCGGCUGUGAGGAAACACAGGCUGCGCCGAAGGUCCACCACUCGAAUAAGUCGAGUGGACCGGGACAAAGAUGUAUCCUUAGCGGGGAACAUCUAG